GGAAAGAUCCGAAACAACCGGUCGACGAAGUUACUCAGCUCAUUUCUUUAGUCGGUCUCCAUUCUCGAUUAACGCCAGUCAACUGAUAAUUGUUGUUGCGCCCCGUCCAUCGAAAGACACAAGUAAUUAAAAACAACUGCUCGUGCUUAUUGCACACGCAGUCCACGAUCGUCAUUUUUCCGACCGUUGCAAUAUUUCGUAGUUCGUGCGUUAUCAGUCGUAUAGAGUAGAGUGCGCAGUGUGGACAUUUCUGAAACUUCCAGUGAUAUUUUCGUCGCCUGUUCAUUCGAUCGAUCCGAUCGAUUUUUAUUGCAACGUGAAGAAACAGUGCCCCGACAAUCUGUGUGCGUAAAGUGAUUUAAAAACAGGUUGUGCAGAGUGGUGUGGAUAUAGGUACCUACAUAGAAUAAUAAUAUUCUUACAUCGAUUGCCGAAGAAGAGAUCUAAAACAAUCGGGGGUACUAGUCGCAACACCUUCGAACUGAUAACAGAUUUUGUUCAACGACAUUCAACCGUCUGAACCGUAUCUGCCGUUGUUUAAGUUUGAGAAGGACAACUAAUGGAGCCAACCCACCCAGAAAGGUGGCGCGAUUACCGGCCAAUAGCUCUUCCUCGUCCGAUGGUACAAUGAUGCCUUCACGGUCAAUUCCCAACCUCCAAGCAGAUCGAGAAACCAAAGGUCACUCACCAUCUAUCUACACUUAUCUCCAGAACCAAUCGGGUUUAAACUUCGACUCGGUGUCAACCACGGCUCCGACUCGUGACGAUGAUUCACCACCACCCGCUCCACCUGUACGAGACUCCUCGACCCUUAAAUCAGUCAAGUACGGUCCUGGACACGAAAAGUAUCCGUCUUGGCCGGUACCAGCGGCCGCUGACACACCUCAAGCCCUACGAAUGCCACCCGGUGGCGGAUCACAUCGCUCCAAGUCUUGGACUGAUCACACUAACUACCCCAAAGAGAAAAUAGUCACGUACACUAGACCUUACAUGAAGAGACAGCACACAGCGAUGCAACAGAAACUAAAAACUGUGAUGGAAAGGUGUGAAAAGAUUCCUCCUGAAUCUUACGAGUCGCGUCUGAAUAAAAUCAACGACCACAUGUACCUGCCUCGCGUGGAUCGCGACGGCAAACCCUUCGGCGACAUGGAAUAUUCAGUGCCAUCCCCUCCGGAACGCGAAUUUUGCAAACCCCAACUCACCCAAGCCGAUUUAGAGCAGUACGCGAGAUCCUACCAAGAUCCAUCCAUAGAGAACUUCUACAACGAGGACUCCAAAGGACCCCACUCUCACCUGACACAGGCGGAACUGGAAGAAUAUUCAAAAACCUACGACGAGCCCUUCGCUCCACAACAUCAAAAACAGCCCUCAUACGCGCAAUCGGAAGGGUACCACAGUUACGUGUCGAGUAGCGAUUCCACGUCGACCCCUUUCCUCGACAGGCUCAGACGUGACUCUCAAGCUGUAACGGCUCGCGCCCAAUCGGCUGGCAGUUGGGACGAAGUGUCAGAACAGGAUAACGGGUCCUCGAAACGGGAAGGACGGGACAGUGUAGUGACUACAGGAUCAAGCAGUGGUUCCUCUAGUGAAACGUUGAAAUGGCACGGUUCAAUCAGUGACGUGUCGAUAGCCAGUAGCACGUGCACCCACGCGACCAGUUCCAUCAAUCCUUCCACCUCCAGGCAACUGAUAGCACACAGUGCCAGGGUGAAAACUCCACAGAAGCACAACUCCGAGAGCGUUCUCUACAUCGGCAGCGACACCCAAGAGAACUGGACCGAAAGGGAGAAGCGUAUCAACAACGCGAACAAACUCAAACUUUUUCCCGUCAACACGUACACUAUGAAACCUUCAGAGAAACAGCAGGAGUACAAUCAAAGGCUUUCGUCAUUGUCGACUCCUUCAGUUGCAGACAAGAUUAGCGAACUCGAAAAACAACAAAAGUAUUCUUAUUUGGAUCCCAACAAGCGACACAAAGUUCCUGAUCCCACGUUGAAAGCCAUCCAGAAGAAAGCUCUCUUAUCUUUCUACGAAAGACACCAUACGAGCAGCGGUUCGACGAAAGCAACGAACAUUUGGAGAUCGGAACCUCAACUGGCCCAUUCCCAGCCAACUUUAGCCCCAGUGCCACAACCACCUCCGAGAGUCAAUCUCCAAUCACCUUCCAGAAGAGCUUCGUGUGCUUCUGACUACGCUUCUGGUACAAAUUCAAGACGAAGUAGCUUAUCGUCUCCACGAGAAGCCAAACAAGAACAGAAGCUAAUAACGAAACACCAACACAGCAAUUCAUGUGGCAGUUUAUCAACAGACUUGUUGGGUCCCAUGAUUGUUGGCCCUGCGAUAUCAGUGGACGACUGGGUACCUCAACAACCUCCCGAAAGGCCCCCGAAGAACCCGAAUCUCAGAAGCGCCUUUCCUGAUUUGUUUGUGCGGAGACUUCCGAGUCCCGAUCUUCCACCCCCUUCACCUCCCAACGUUAACGAGGACGAAGUUAUAAAUAACGAUGAGCCGUUUCCUCCCCCACCACCUGAAUUACAACACCAAGACACAAACGAAUGGCACGACGAUAACCAUAGUAAUAAGAUAAGGCAAGCAGCUGAGCCACAAGUUCAAAAAACCACAAAUACUAGUAGGAGACUGAAAGACUUCGACACGGAAACCAAGAAGAUUAUGGAAGGAAGGGCGAAACCGAUAUCGAGGCAUAGUUUUGGCCCCUACGACGCUCAUUAUCAGAGAUCUCAGAACAUAAGUCGACCCAAUAAAGAAAACAGUGUCGACGAAUCGUUUAGCAAUAAUGGAGACUUCCCGAUCUUAAAAAGGGCUUACGAAAGAUCAAGCGUAAGGUACCCGUGUGCCCAAAAACUAACACUGAACGGUAUCGUGGCAACAAGUCAAAAAAUUCCUUCUGGUCUUACUCCAGAGCAAUACAGAAUCGAACCGUUAAAACCCCAUUACACCACCACGAACGACAAUAAUAAAUUGGAAGAAUUGAAAAAGUCUUCUGGGUCAUUGUCGAGCGAGAACAAAGGUCAGAGGGCGUCUUUUGCGGAGAAUCUCAGCCGGGAUGUUCCACCCCCAUUGCAACCGAGACAGAUGAGGAUUAACCACAGCAUGAGGGUCAGAAUGCCCGAUAGGAGACCGAUCAAUGCCAGGAAGUCGCCACCAGAUUUGGAUAAAUUGAGGGAGACCACCACCAAACCGAUCUGCUUCCAAGUGACCCAGUCCAAGGCGUCAUAUCUCGCGUCACGCAGAGAAAAGGAGCGCAUAGUUCCUGACUCCGAUACGGGAAUCUACAAAAGGACGAUGUCGCCCAACGGUCAUGCAUUACCUCCAGACACUGUUAACGAAUCAAACAAGUUCAAUACCACCGAUAACAGCUGGUUACAAAACAGAUCAAACAAAGAUAUAAAAGUGAUAAAGAAUAACAGCGUGAAUUUAUCGCGAAGAGCGUCCAUGAACGAAAAGACCGAUAUAAACGGUACCAUGCUUCCCAUGCAAGAACAGGAAGAAAUUAAGAAACCCUUACCGGACGUUCUACCGGUCAAAGAGAAAAUUCUACCACCUAAAUCAUUAAAUUUGACCGUUAGGCAACAGCAGUUCGAAAUAAAUAGCUUUAAUAAACAUCAGAACAUUCAAAGGUCUCCUCCGAAGUAUGAAAGUCCUCCGUCGUCUCCGUCCAAAAGUCCCUUAAGAAAUUCACCACUUAUGCCUUUAAGAACUACAGCUCUAUCGCCGCACUCCCCCAAUUCUGAUAAUUUGCAAUCGUCUAACAGAAACUCACCUUCCAGGAAUGAACAAAGCACUCCCAUCAAACGAUCAUUUCAAAUAAACUCAUCACGAAAAUCUCCUCAGUUCUCUGUGGACGUAUCAGAUUCUCCAAUUAUCAAAAGUAAUUCUUCGCCACAACAGUACUUCGUUUCUUCAAGUACAACUUGCAAUUCUACCACAUAUAAUUCAACUUACAACUCGGAUUCGGUAAUUGCUACCACCGUUCCUUGUAACAUUUCUUCAGAAAUGUCAAAAGCUCCCCCACAAAGGCAUUCUCCUCCGCCCCUGCGUCAGGCCGUUUCGGUAAACUCGAUAAGAACAAUAAAAACAAUUUCACCCCCCGGACGGGCUUCUCCCAUGAUCUCGACGUCCACAAAUACUCCCCUUCACAUGUCUCCAAACACAUCGUCUUCUUCGAUAUCGACAUCUCCGGCUUCACCGGUAGAAAAGGACAUUGAACCUCCGAAAGUCAUCGAAGGAUUGCAAAUGAUACAGAGAACCGAAGUGGUAUUGAGGGUGAACGUUUGUACAACGGAUGCCGCUUCCCAAACGGAUAAAGAAGAACUCCCACCAACUCCUCUGCCAACGAGGAAAAAGCUCAAAGAAGAAAUCGAAUGCGAAAAGCUAUCUCAAGAUCUCAUUAUGCAGUUGCCUCAUACUGAUAGGUUAAAGCAUCUCUUAGUGCCAGGUCCAGAACAUAAGAAACCUACGGACUAUGUUACAGGACUUUUUCGUCCUGAAGUCACAUCCAGGCCAAAGUCAGUUAGUUCCCACUUUCGCAAUCGGAACAGUUCGCCUCCUGAUAGCAGUCCUCCUUCUUCAAUUACCUCUUCCACGACUAACUCGUCACCCACUUACAAAAACAACGAGUCACCUUUAAGUUCCUGCACCGUCCCUGUAAUAGAACCGACGAGUCCCUUAUCUGCAACGUCCACGUACUUUACGAGAUCGGAACCCAAAGCAAAACUUCUUACAAGAUACAGUCAAGACAUGAAUCAAUGUAAUGUAGCAAAGGAUACCAAAGAUCUUAAUCAAAAGAAGACGGAAUUGAUGAGUAGAUUAGAUAAGAAAUUGGAGGUUCUUAGGAGUGAACAGCUGGUGGUGUCUGAAGAGUGCCGAAUAAAUGACGAAUUGGGAGAAAACGUCGAGUCUCAUAUCAGUCGUGUAGCAAGACCCCACGAAGCAGCCAAAUUCAGGCUUCACAUAGAAGAAGUUGGAAAAAUUACUAGCUUGCUUUUGGGACUUUCCGGACGUCUUGCAAGAGCCGAAAAUGCCUUGAUGGGAAUGGCGGACGAUCAUCCAGAAAAGAAAACUUUGGAAAGCAAACGUGAUAAACUUCAGGAGCAGUUGGAAGAGGCGAAAAAGCUGAAGGAGUGCAUAGAUAAGAGGAGCAUCAACGUUUCGAACAUUCUUUACAAAUAUUUGAAUUCGGAAGAGUACGCCGACUACGAUCACUUCAUCAACAUGAAGGCCAAGUUGAUAAUGGACGCGCGAGAGAUCGCGGACAAGAUCAAACUCGGGGAGGAACAAUUGACUGCACUCAAAGAGACCCUAGAUGCCACCGACUGAACGACUGACUUUAAUUUAAGUGCAACUCGGAAGAAGCAAGAGAUAAAUAUAAAUGUAAGUGUUAAUAAUUAAUGAUAUCACUACUAUUAUUAUGAUAUGUUAACUGAUUCGAGUUCUAUCGAACGGUCCUAGUCCAGUGUACGAUUGACAAUAAUGAUGAGAUAAAAUAUCGAUUAAUUAUUGAUCGAUUAAUUAAUUAAUUUUUCGUUCGUCUGUUUGUUUGUUUGUACGGUUGUUUGUUUAUUUGUUUGGGUUUAGAAUGUGCGUUUUCUUUUCCGGUUUUUGCUAGAGUCGACUUUUUUCAAUUUUUUUUGUACAAAACCCAUGUAUUAUUACUAUUAUAAUUAUGAUCUAUUAUUGAUUUGUGUAACUACUUAAUAAUAGUUUAUUAGAAUAUCACUGUCAGCAAUUAUCAAUCGAUUUAAGUGUGGUACUUAUUUAAGAAUAAUAUUUUUUGUUCUCGUUUCUCGAUGAUGUGAUUUACAUGUCAUGUAGAUGAUCGAUCGAUAAAUCGACAUCGACAUCAGUCGUCAUCGUUGUCGAAUUCAAUACACACAUAAAAUAUGUUUAGUUAUCAUUAUUAUCAUUAUUAUUACUAUUAUUAUUAAU